AUGCGCGAGCUGUCCCGUGAAGAUAUGUCGAGCUGCUUGAGGGACCGUCACCUAGUGAUUGCCGGCGAUUCGACCAUGCGCCAGAUCUACUUCGCUGCCAUGACCCGGUUGGAUCAUCACGUCGCCGAGAAAGCCAUCCUCGACUUUGCCGUUUCCAAAAACAAGCACCUGAACCUUGCCAAGGACGUUGAGGGUGUGAAGCUCGAAUUUAUCUGGGACCCAUGGCUCAACUCUACCGCCCUUUUCAGCCAAUUGGCUCGAUUCCGGGAACGUCCUGGCUCUGCAGAUUACGAGAAACUCGUCCGCAAGGAGGGCAAAGACUCGGCCGCCCUUAUUGUUGUUGGUACACCAGGUCUCUGGGCGGCUCGCCAGGGCGGUGAUCGGUACUUGGAGCUCUUCAGAGAAGGCAUCAACAACCUGAUGCCGUACCUGCACCGUGAUUUUGAUCACUUGGUGGUGCUGCCCAAGAGCAAGUCGCAGUCGGCAUUCGAAGAGCUCUCCAACCACGUGCUUGUCGCACCCGUGCCUAUCCCAGCGUAUCACAAGCUAUUGACGUCCCGGGCAAGAACAAUCACGCCCGAGAAGAUAGACGCCAUGAACUGGAAUCUGGACAAUUUUGAGCCGGCGGAACGAACACAUGUCAUUCAGAGCUACAAUGCAAUGCUGGAUAGCCACGACGAUGCUCUCCUUGACGAUGGGCUGCAUGCUGUAGACAUUGUGGCCGAGCGGAAACUCGACGUUAUUUUGAACGCUCACUGCAACUCUGGAUUGGUCAGAAAUGGAUACGCAAACCAGGUUACUUGUUGCGCCCCCUACCCGUCCCUGUCAAGGGUUCAGGUGCUGCUUCUUGGACUCAGUAUUCUAGCGCUGCCUAUCCUAUUUCUGGACCGGAGACAGGACGCGUUCCCUUCCGCUCGCACGUCGCAGGUCAUGGACUCUCUGCUUGCCGCAGCCACCCUCGUCGCCAUUGCUGUUUACUGCCUGCUCGCCGACCGCACUCACCUCUUGAUCAAGCAUGAUAAGCAUUUCGACGUGCCCGACUUUAUCUUGCCUGUCAUUGGUCUGGCAAUUCUCGCAGGCCUCUCCCUGCGGUCAAGACCGCCUGUUCUGUCUUCCGCAAAAGGUCUCGCGACGACUUCAUUUCUGUCCCGUGAACAAACCGACGAGUGGAAGGGCUGGAUGCAGGCGUUCAUUCUGCUGUACAACUACCACGCAGCAUCCGAGUCACUCGCGAUGUACAAGGUGCAUAAGUUCCUAGUGGCGACUUACAUCUUUCUGUCCUGCUAUGGCCACACAAGCUACUUUCUCCGUACAGAGGACUUCUCAUUAAGACGGGCAACGUAUGUGCUGGUCCGGCUCAACCUUCUCAGCUGCAUUCUAGGCCUCGCGACGUCCAGCGAAUGGAUCAUCUACUCGGCGCCGCUCAUGACAUUUUGGUUCGGAGUAACAUUCGCAUCGCUGGCUUGCUUCAAAACACUCAACAACAACCCUGUCGCCUUCUUCCUCAAGAUUGUGGUCUUCGCAACCUGCACGACCUUCCUGGUCCGAAGCACACACCUCCCGGAGACGUUUUUGAGAAUUCUCAAGUCAACCAGCGGCAUUCAUUGGAACGUGGAUAUGCUGCGGUCGCAUUUCGCGCUGAAUCGUUUUGUGCCGUACUUUGGCAUACUCACAGCUGCAGCUGCCCACCGGGUUUCCGUUCUUCGCCGCCGUCAGCAUGGCAUCAACGCUCGCGCGCCAUUCGAAAGAGCCAACGACGCCUUUGAUCGUGGGAUUUUGGAGAUUGCGUAUCCCGAGAGAGACGCGAUACCGGUGAAGCCGAUAAUGAUAUGCUUUGCGAUUGCCUAUCUCGUCGUAUUCAUCAUCCUAGCAUUUGCGGCGGACGUCUACCACAACAACGACUCCUACAACGCUUUUCACCCAUACAUCAGUCCCUGGUUUGUCCUGUCAGCAGUUAUCACGCGUAACUCCUUCAAAGCACUGCGUGAACUUCACGUUCCACUAUGUGCAACUCUUGGACGGUUGUCCCUCGAGGCCUUGACAGGUACUGAGAACCAGGAGGAAUCUGAGGACGUCACUUUGGGUCGACCCGUUAAGGACGGUAAGAAGAGUCCUAUUCCGUGGCAGCCCGCAGUGGCAGACAACAAUGCAGCAGAGAAGGCGGCUGGGACCCCAGCAACUGCACCCGCGCAAGACGCCAAAGCCGCAGACAAGGACGCGCAAAAGCAGGACCAGAACAAGGACCAAAAUAAGAACAACAAGAAUAACAAUAAUGGAAAGAACAACAACAACAAUAACAAGAACAACGGAGACGUGACGAUUAUACAAAACAUCAUCAAGCCCAACAUCAUCGUCGUGCAGGAGAACCUCGACAAGAUCAACCAGCUCCAGCGCCAGAAUGAGAGGGAAUUGGCGUUGCUGGUACAGUCCCAGCUUGCUCUUGCGACGCAACUGCAGGCUGUCAAGGACAACAUUCGCAUCAACCACUUCAAGGCGCAGUUCCCCCAAGCGAACACCAUCAUUGUGACCGUCACCGGCCUCGUUGACAACCGCCAAGGUGGAGGACAGAACAAGCGAUACCUCGUGAACCAGCUCCUCGCCGACAAUGGUAAGCCGGGACAGCAAGCCUUGGUAAUGGUCAACGACCCGACACCCAUGGACAUCUCAACGCAACAGGCGGCAUCUUCGCAAUCCGACACUUUCGGGGCUGCCCGCGUCGCACUCGACUCUGCCUCUGAUGCCGUGUCAAACAACACCGACGGUGUCCAAGCCGCCGCCGCUCCCACUCCAGGAGCUGACGAAAGCGACACCACCCUCAAGCUUGCUGCCUUCGACCAGGCCGCUCCGUUUGGACAAGUCGGCCAGAGCAUCAUCCUCCCCGCGGGCACGCAAGCUCCUCAGCUGGCCGCGUCCGUUCCGGACCCCGCCGCCAUCAUUCUGCCGAAUCAGGCCGGUCUCUUCGUUUCCAACGCGGCUACUUUCCUAACAGACUGCGCCUCGACCGCCGCCAAUGCUGCUGCCGGCAAUCCGGCACUCGCUGGAGCUGCUUUGAACAUCUUCUCCUCGUUCCAGCAGAUCGCUGCCGCACAGCUUGCGGGUCUCUCUGGUCUGGGCAUCUUUAACAACGCCGGACAGGCGCAGGGACAGCCUCUGGGUGCCAUUGCCGUUGGUGCCAACCAGCCGGCUGCGGCCGCUCCUCCGGCUGCCGCUCCUCCGGCUGCUGCCCCUCCUCCUCCAGCUGUUGCGGCUCCUCCAGCCCAGGGAGGAUCUCUUGGUGCCAUUGCCGUCGGCGCAAACCAGGGCCAGCCAGCCGCGGCGCCAGCACCCCCAACUGAUGCUGCCGCGGCGCCUCAGCCUCCGGCCGCGGUUCUCGCCGGGGCUAAUCAAGCGCAACCUGCUGCUGCUUCCCCACCGCCGCCUCAGGGAAGCUCAGGAUCAGGUGUGGUAAUCGUGGGAUCGAGCCCGGGAGGAGCUCCAGCACCAGCUGCUCAGCCUGCGGCGCAACCCCCUGCGGCCGUUCUCGACGGGGCGAAUCAGGCGCCCGCAAAUCCACCAGCUGUGGCCCCGGCUCCGGCCCCGGCAGCAUAG